CUCUUCCUCACAGGCUUUGAGUCUUUAAGAGAGGCACAUGUUACGGAACCUGUUGCUUGUCCAGAUGCAUUGGCAACUUUUGGCUCUGUCCCUGUUUUGUCAGAUGAUUAUAUCGACGAAAGCUGCGAGAAAACGAAGCGAGAGCUGGCGACAGGAUUGCAGGAGCUGCGUGGAGUGUUCGCAGGAAAAUGGCUGUCUGCGCUGCUCUGAGCGCCUAUUCCUGUUUCUUAACAGACAGGGCAUGAGUCACCACGGCUCCUGUGUUCACUCCUGUCCCGCUGGACACUUCGGCCUUCGAGGGAAAGACGUCAAUCGUUGCAUGAAAUGCAAAGCUCCAGAAUGUGAGAGAUGCUUCAACAAAGACUUCUGCACCAAGUGCAACAGUGAAUAUUUGCUCUUCAAAGGCAAAUGUUUCAAAAGCUGCCCAGAGGGGACUUUUCCUCAGUCCACAGACUGCAUUGAAGGAUGUAUGUUUGAUCUCAUUGGCUCCUGGGGCGAAUGGAGUCUUUGCCAACACAACGGUAUGAGCUGUGGUGUCCGAUGGGGGCAACAAAGUAGGACCCGUGGGCUGUCCAGACAAACGCCCGAAAAGACGGAAACACCGUGUCCUGAUCAGUCUGAAAGCAGAAAGUGCCGGAUGAAGAAAAAGUGUCCAAAAGAUAGACGAAAGAAUGAAAGAAGAGAAGAAAGAAGAAAGUUGAAGAAGAAAUUAAAGCUGUCCGGGAACAGAACAGUCACAGAUCCCCCGUGGAGCGUAUAAUGUGUCGACCCAACAGGGACAGAGUCACAGUGUUAUGUUUUAUUAAUUUAUAAUAUAUACUGUUUGUUUUAUAAGCAAUGUUUAUAUUUUUGUAUAGAUGUAUGUUCAUUCUUACAUGAUUAUUUGAUGGGACUUGACUUGCUUUUGUUGCAGUUGUAUAAAGUUUUGUUUUGAUUGUAUGGCACACAUCGUAACCUUAUGCAUUAUUACAUUUCGACAAGUUGUGGGGGGUUUACCAAACACUGCCGCAUGGAUUCAAUCCGAAGCAGUUUGGUUUAACAAAGGCAAAGUCUAUUUUGGGAUACAACAAUGUACAUUUCUAUCUUAUGAAUACAGCUACUAUAUAUCACCGCCUCGGGCUUCUUUCGCCUCACAUAAUGUCUUUGUAUUUGCACUGCUUAAGAGUAAAAAUGCAAAAUUGUCAAAAGCAAUGCCAGGGUCACAACCUUGGACUAAAUUUAUUAACCCUGUCACAUUUAGUAACUAUCGAGCCAUGUGAUUGGCUUUGAUGCGUGACCCAACCAGUCUUUAUUUGCAUGGAAAUUAGUUUUUUUUUGCAUACUUUAACAAAUAAAAUUUAAUUAUUUUUUCAAUCCUCAAACGUAACAUUAAACUCAGGCACAGAUCAUCAUUUUUUAUUUGAAACUGAUUAUGAUCCCCUUGUGAAAAUGAGAAUGUACUUCAUUACGCUCUUUGUGUUUUCAGAUGGAUGGGAACUUAUUGAUUUUGAUGUGAUUUAUUUGCUUUUCUCGUGUGUUGAUUUCCACAGCACUCUCUCAGGAUGCCAAAUUGUUUUUACUGGAAAAAUCGCAGUUAAACGGAAAUGUUUUCAUAAUCAAUUUUCCCCAAAAGAAACAUUUACUUUGACGGUUAUGAAAACGAUACAGAUGAGAAAGGAGUGUUUCGUGUAAUUAAAUGAAGAUGUCAGGUGAUCAGAGAAUAAAAGCUUGUUUUAGGGAUACCAGCUGUUAUAUGUUGCUUUUGAUGCAUUUCAUGUGUGUUGAACAAAACGAAGAGAGGAUUUAACCCAUUUGGAAAUUACUUGUGUAAACUCAUUUUACAAAAACUGAACCCAAAACUCCCAAAAAUGUUUAUUUUGGGUCAAUAAAAGUAGGGGAAAUUAAUUUGAGCACCUCAACAGAUACACAAGGUUUAUUAUUUUCUAUUUAUUUUAUGUAAGGUUUGCAAUGUUUAUAAACUGUUGUGCAAA